AUGUGCAAAGCGGGUUUUGCUGGUGACGAUGCUCCCCGAGCAGUUUUCCCAUCCAUCGUUGGUCGACCGAAGAUGCCAGGAAUCAUGGUUGGCAUGGACCAGAAGGAUAGCUAUGUGGGCGAUGAAGCACAGAGCAAGCGAGGUGUGUUGACCUUGAAAUAUCCCAUUGAGCACGGCAUCUGG